AUGUCGGAGCUAUCCAGCUUUGUCAACGGCACUUGGGAGCCUGAUGGCGUCACUUUCUUCAUCAUUCAGGGCUUCGCCGGCCUUGGCGAGAAAAAGAUUAUCAUUUUUGUCAUCCUGCUUCUGGGUUACAUCGCCAUCUUGGGAGGAAACAGCAUGAUCAUUUUUGUGGCAUUGACUGAUCCAAAGCUCAACACUCCCAUGUAUUUCUUCCUUUACAACCUCGCCUUUGUGGACAUCGUCUACACCACCACCACCAUCCCCAAAAUGCUCUCCGGCCUCCUGACAGAUGUGAAUACCAUUUCCGUACUGGCCUGCUUCGUUCAGAUGCAUUUCUUCUUUAAGCUUUCAGUUACCGAAGUUGCCAUCCUGACUGUCAUGGCGUACGAUCGCUACGUGGCCAUCUGCAACCCUCUGCACUACACUGCUGUCAUGACUCGGACCGUCCGGCUGCUCCUCAUCACAGGAGCCUGGUGCUUCGGCACCUUCUGCACGCUACCAGCCACCUCUAUGACCUGGCAGCGGUCUUACUGCGGCCCAAAUGUAGUAAUACAUGCCUGGUGCGACCUGUCAUCUGUAAGGCGGCUGGUCUGCGGUGACACCAAGAUAGAUAACAUUGUAUCCAUUUUCUUUGCCAUACUGGCGCUACUGACCACAGGAGUCCUCAUCCUCACAUCCUAUGUCCUGAUUGGUGUUUCCAUAUCGAGGAUGGGUGUCGCUCAGAGGCUGAAGGCCUUCGGGACGUGUGCAGCCCACCUGACUGUGGUGUCCAUCUUUUACAGCUCUGCCUCAUUUGUUUACAUCUCGUACCGGGUGGGACGCUUUUCACCAGAGGAACGUAUCUUUGUGUCUGUGCUGUUCUCCGCUCUGACUCCUUUCCUAAACCCGAUGAUCUACAGUCUAAGGAACAAGGAGCUCCGAGAGUCCAUCAGGAGGACUCUGAGGAGGUUCAAAACUGCUGCUGUGUUACCCAAAAAGGACCUUUGCUAA